AUGAGCGACACUGUCACCAAGCGGCUUCAUAUCGGCGGUCUUACGCCCAAUAUUACCCCCACGCAUCUCCGGGAUAGGUUCAAGAUCUUUGGGCAGGUCGACGAGGUGGAGCAGCUCCAGCCGGAUGCGCUGGGACAGCCCAGACCGUUUGCGUAUCUCACUAUGCAGAUAACGCCUGCUCAGCUCAAACGAUGCAUGAACAUCCUCUCUGGAUCCAUGUACCGCGGCACCCAACUCCGAAUCGCCGAAGCCAAGCCCCGCUUCUCUGAGCGUCUCGCUGCGGAGGCGAACCCCCCGGCUCGUCAGAUCGAGAAGGAGCAGGUGAGCAAACGGAAGAGAGCGAGGAGGGAGAUGGGUCUUGAAGUGGGGAAAGAGGCGCAGGAUAUGGGGGUGGUCACAGAGGAUAAUUAUAAGCGGUCCAAGUUUUGGAAAGUCGCGGAUGACCACCUAAUCCGGCCGCUCGCUAUCCGCCCAACACAUCCUCUUCCCCCACCAGUCAUUCAGCCGGCUCAGCUAGCCAAGAAGGAGUCCAAAGCUGGUCCCAGCAAGCCCGUCAAGCGUAAUCCGCCAAAUCGACAGCGGAGGCGCGUGAUCGACCCAUUUCUUUGGCAGCCUACACAUCUCUCCGGCUCAACUUUGGAAGGCUCGGGAGGCAGAAAGACGGACGGGGAAUGGGUCUUUGAGGAAGUGGAUGAG